CCCUGAGGUGCGGGGAUCGUUGUAGAGGAGGCAGCGGCCGGGAGAAAGCCCUUUGACAGCUUUCCGAAGGCCUGCGAGUUGACUGGUCGAAAGCGCGGUCGGCGCCUAGAGAUUCUAGUUCCCUUGCGGUGGGCGGUACCGGCUUCCCCGACAUGCUCGGGCAACCGCGGAGUGGGAUCGACUGCGGGCGCGGGGCCUAGGGAUGAUCUUCCCAGUCACCCGAUACGUGUUCCGUUGGCUGCGACAGUCUACAUGCCGUGACUUGUCCCGCUCCGCCAUGGAAGUUGCCUUCCGAGGCGUGCGGAAAGUCCUCUGUGUGGCCGAGAAAAAUGACGCGGCCAAGGGUAUCGCGGACCUGCUGUCCAACGGUCGCAUGAGGCGGAGAGAAGGACUUUCUAAAUUCAACAAGAUCUAUGAAUUUGACUAUCAUCUCUAUGGACAGAGUGUUACCAUGGUGAUGACUUCGGUUUCUGGGCAUUUACUGGCUCAUGAUUUCCAGAUGCAGUUUCGAAAAUGGCAGAGCUGCAAUCCCCUAGUCCUCUUUGAAGCUGAAAUUGAAAAGUACUGCCCAGAGAAUUUUAUAGACAUCAAGAAAACUCUAGAACGAGAAACGCGGCAGUGUCAGGCCUUAGUGAUCUGGACUGACUGUGACAGAGAAGGUGAAAACAUUGGAUUUGAGAUUAUCCAUGUGUGCAAGGCUGUGAAGCCUGGUCUACAAGUGUUGAGAGCCCGUUUUUCUGAGAUCACGCCACGUGCUGUCAGGACAGCCUGUGAAAACCUGACUGAGCCUGAUCAAAGAAUCAGUGAUGCUGUGGAUGUGAGGCAGGAGCUGGACCUAAGGAUCGGAGCUGCCUUCACUAGAUUCCAGACCCUGCGGCUUCAGAAGAUUUUUCCUGAGGUGCUGGCAGAGCAGCUCAUUAGCUAUGGCAGCUGCCAGUUCCCGACACUGGGGUUCGUGGUAGAAAGGUUCAAAGCCAUUCAGGCUUUUGUGCCAGAAAUCUUCCACAGGAUUAAAGUAACUCAUGAUCACAAAGAUGGUACCGUAGAAUUCAACUGGAAAAGACAUCGUCUGUUUAAUCACACAGCUUGUCUUGUCCUCUAUCAAUUAUGUAUGGAGGAUCCCCUGGCAACUGUGGUGGAGAUCAGGUCUAAGCCAAAGAGCAAGUGGAGGCCUCAAGCAUUGGACACUGUGGAGCUGGAGAAGCUGGCUUCUCGCAAGUUGAAAAUAAAUGCUAAGGAAACCAUGAGGAUUGCUGAAAAGCUCUACACUCAAGGGUACAUCAGCUAUCCCCGAACAGAAACAAAUAUUUUCCCCAAAGACCUAAACUUGAUGGCACUGGUGGAACAGCAGACCCCAGAUCCACACUGGGGGGCCUUUGCCCAGAGCAUUCUCGAGCGGGGUGGCCCCACCCCACGCAAUGGAAACAAGUCUGAUCAAGCUCACCCUCCCAUCCAUCCCACCAAGUACACUAGCAACUUGCAGGGAGAUGAACGGCGACUAUAUGAGUUCAUCGUCCGUCAUUUUCUAGCCUGCUGUUCCCAAGAUGCUCAGGGGCAAGAGACUACUGUGGAGAUUGACAUUGCUCAGGAACGCUUUGUGGCCCAUGGUCUCAUGAUUCUGGCCCGAAACUAUCUGGAUGUGUAUCCCUAUGAUCACUGGAGUGACAAGCUCCUCCCUGUCUAUGAGCAAGGCUCUCGCUUCCAGCCCAGCACUGUGGAAAUGGUGGAUGGGGAGACCAGCCCACCACAACUGCUCACUGAGGCUGACCUCAUCGCCCUCAUGGAGAAGCAUGGCAUUGGUACUGAUGCAACUCACGCAGAGCACAUCGAGACCAUCAAAGCUCGGAUGUAUGUUGGGCUCACCUCAGACAAGCGGUUUCUCCCAGGGCACCUGGGCAUGGGACUUGUGGAAGGUUACGAUUCUAUGGGCUAUGAAAUGUCCAAGCCAGACCUCCGGGCCGAGCUGGAAGCUGAUCUGAAGCUGAUCUGUGAGGGAAAGAAGGACAAAUUUGUGGUUCUAAGGCAGCAGGUGCAGAAAUACAAGCAGGUUUUCAUUGAAGCAGUGGCUAAGGCAAAGAAAUUGGACGAGGCCUUGUCCCAAUACUUUGGGGAAGGGGCAGAAGUGGCCCAGCAAGAAGAGAUCUACCCCACCAUGCCAGAGCCCAUCCAGAAGUGCCCACAGUGCAACAGGGACAUGGUCCUCAAGACCAAGAAGAGUGGCGGGUUCUACCUCAGCUGCACGGGUUUCCCAGAGUGUCGAUCAGCUAUAUGGUUUCCUGACUCUGUGCUGGAGGCUAGCAGAGACGGGAGUAUAUGUUCAGUUUGUCAGCCACCCCCUGUAUACAGGUUGAAGUUAAAGUUCAAGCGUGGCAGUCUUCCCCCAACCAUGCCCCUUGAGUUUGUUGGCUGUAUUGGUGGAUGUGAUGAAACCCUAAAGGAGAUCAUGGGCCUGAGAUUUUCACGGGGGCCCCCCAGAGCUAGCCAGCCUGCCAGCCAGCCCUCUGGCUACCUGCAGGCUAGCCAGUCCCUGAACAGGAUGGACACCAGCCAGCACAGCCAGCCGCAGCCUCCUGCCAGCAGACAGACUAGAACCUCAAAGGCUCUGAUCCAGACUCUCCCACCACCUGCAGCAACAGGUGAAAACAACUCCAUUACCUGCAACUGCGGCCAAGAAGCUGUGCUGCUCACUGUCCGAAAGGAGGGCCCCAAUCGAGGCCGGCAAUUCUAUAAAUGCAGCAGCAACAGCUGCAACUUCUUCCUGUGGGCUGACAGCAGCCAUCUUGGAGAAGGAGAGGCUCCUACCUCUGGUUCAAGGCCCCCAGGCAGCUCACUGGGACACCCACCAGGCUCAUUGGGUGGGUUCAGCAGACCUGGCAGUGGCAGUGGCAGUGGCGGCAAUGGCAACACAUCCUGCCUAUGCAACCAGCCUGCUGUCACACGGACUGUGCAAAAGGAUGGACCCAACAAAGGACGCCAGUUCCAUACAUGUGCCAAGCCAAGGGAACAGCAAUGUGGCUUCUUUCAGUGGACUGAUGAGAAUGUGGCCCCAGGGGAGGCAGGGACUUUUGCAGCACUACCCUGGCCAAGAGGCAGAGGAAGAACGCAGGGAUCAGAGGCUAGGAGCAGAAGACCCCGAGCUGGCUCCUCAGACACAGAGUCCACGGCAAAGAGACCCCGGAAAUGCAGUCUUUGCCAUCAGCCAGGACACACCCGGCCUUUCUGUCCUCAGAACAGAUGAGGGCAGGGCAGGGUAAGAGAGCAACUUUCUCAGACCAGGGACCAGGUUAACUAGAAUAGUUAACUGUUCACAGUCCUUGAAACAGGAGUGAUGGGUUUUAGAAUUGGGUUUUAUGUGAAGAAGCAAAAGGUCAGACCACUCUCAAGAAGACUGGCUCUGCUAGACCAUAGGCCUCUACCCAGAACUCAGGAAUCCACACAGCCAUUGUGAAGAAGUCAGGCAGCUGUCCCAGGACCUCCAAGAACUGUCACUGCUAGCAAAGGAUGGCAAAGCUGGCAGCAGAGGACAUAACCAAUGACAUCUGUGUGUUCCCCACUAUGGCCUAAUGUGCUGCAGAGCUGCCUUUGCCUGAGUGAGGAACUGCACUCCUGACUCAAGCCCUGGCCAAAUGGACAGGGCUUCUGUCUGCAGCCAUUCCAGGAAGGAGGUUGUAAUGCCAGGAAGUGGCCCUCCUAUUACCAUUAUUUCUCCAGAAGCCUCAUUUCUGCUUCAUCUAGAAUUCAGGAUAUCAUGUGCCUUAAUAAAGAAUUCAACCCCACUUACUCUGACUGCUGACAGUACAGCAGAGUAUCUGGUGACAAUCCUAAGAGUGACAGCACAAGCACCAUCCGGUGCCAGAAACAGCUCUCAACCUGCCACUGCCCCUGGUGGCCAUCAACAAGCCCAGCCUUUCCUCCCUACCACUAUGUGGUAAGAACUGAUCCCAACUUCUGUCCCCCCCCCAACUUUGUCCCUUGGAGCAGAGGUGCCAACCCAAGAUUCAGAGCACUAGUUUUCCAUUUUCCACACUUGCCAGGAAUGGCCUUAUUCCUUGUUGGCCACCGCAAACACUCAUGAAUGAUACAUAGCCAAAUUGGCUCUGAUUUGUCUUUUUGUACCAGGAAUUGAACCCAGGGGUGCUUAACCACUGAGCCAUAUCUCCAGCCCUUUUUGUAUUUUA